AUGGAUGUGGCUUCUCGACAGACAAUGAGGCUGAUUCGGCCCUCAAAUAACCGAUCCCUUCUCUCCAGCCCUCGCAUUGCCGGCGCUGCUCUCCCGACUACAUACCCUCUGAACCGCAUUCGACGGAGAAAUGCUUCCAGCACCCCUCGGAGACUUGCACCAGAGACCUCAUUUCUGCCCCUAGGAUCUGCGUCCUCAUCCAGCGCACCACCUACCUACUUCUCCAAUCGCACUUCCCUUCCUGUCAACACUGUUGUUCGCUUCGUCCCCCAACAGACAGCAUGGAUCGUCGAGCGGAUGGGCAAGUUCCAUCGGAUUCUAGAACCCGGUCUCGCGAUCUUGAUCCCAUUCUUGGACCGGAUUGCCUAUGUUAAGAGUUUGAAGGAGUCGGCUAUCGAGAUACCCAGUCAGAAUGCCAUCACGGCCGACAAUGUCACCUUGGAAUUGGAUGGUGUGCUGUACACGAGGGUCUUUGACGCGUAUAAAGCCAGUUACGGGGUGGAGGAUGCCGAGUAUGCCAUUUCUCAGCUUGCGCAGACGACCAUGCGUUCGGAAAUCGGACAGCUUACCUUGGAUCACGUCCUGAAGGAGCGCGCCACAUUAAAUACCAACAUCACACAGGCCAUCAACGAGGCUGCGCGCGAUUGGGGUGUUGUGUGUCUGCGCUACGAGAUUAGGGAUAUUCACGCCCCGGAGGGUGUUGUUGCGGCCAUGCACCGCCAGGUUACGGCAGAGCGGUCGAAGCGCGCCGAGAUUCUCGAGUCCGAAGGUCAGCGACAGAGCGCAAUCAAUAUUGCUGAAGGUCGGAAGCAGUCCGUCAUCCUGGCUUCCGAGGCUAUGCGCACCGAACAGAUCAACCGUGCUGCGGGUGAGGCCGAGGCCAUCCUGCUGAAGGCCCAGGCCACCGCCAGAGGCAUUGACGCCGUCGCUCAGGCGAUUGAGGCUGGUAAGGAUAAUGCUCACGGCGCUGUCAGCCUCAGCGUCGCCGAGAAGUACGUUGAUGCCUUCUCCAACCUUGCCAAGGAGGGUACUGCCGUGGUUGUUCCCGGUAACGUUGGCGACAUGGGUGGCAUGAUUGCCAAUGCCAUGGCUGUGUACGGCAAGAUCAAUGAGAGCCAGGCCAAGACCAUUGCGGCGAAGUCCCUGGGAGUCCAGGAGCCGGUCCAGAAGGAGACCUCUUCCACCAGCACCAAGUCGGAGCACACACCAGAGUACGACAACGUCGAUGCGGAGAAGGAACACAAGACGCCUGACGCCGUUCAGGAUGUUCUAGAAGGAUUCGACCAGGUUAGCCAACAGAGACAUCAAUGA